UUCUGCAAUGUUGCUGAAAAUGGUGGCUGCUCCUGACAUCGAGGGCAACCUCUUGUUGGAUCUCUCUCACCUCUGCUCACAGGUGCCACUUGAGCAUGCAUUCCCCACCCAAAAAUAGAUGCCAAGGUUGGAAACGGAGGAUCAAGUCAGCAACAAUGGCAAAGAAAUUACUCUUUUUUCCGUUCCCAUCCCCGCCGUAUCAUGCUCCUGCCCGGGCUCCUAGAUUGGCGGCGGCUCAAUUAUUAUUUUCCGUGGAAAUUGGAUCGAAGCCGCCAAGAAUCGCAGAGGCUAGAUCCAGCAACAAGGAGCGAUCCUGGGUGCAAGUAUUCUAUCGAAUUGUCGAAUUUGCGGCUAACAUUGGGGGCCUAAACAUCAACGCCGAACUCUAAGGCAACUGCAGUGAUCCCCAUCGAGGAAGGGAGCAAUGGCCGGUUAAUUUCGUGGCCAAUUGAGCUGUAGAAGCCAAAGCAAAUUGUAUAUAGGAUGAGGUGGCCGAGGAGCAAAUUCAGAUGGCUCCUCAGCGCAUGCCUCAUUUUUCUGCUGCUGCAGCUCGUUGGUGCGACCAGGACUAGCUUGUUCUGGCCACCAGCCUCCCUGCCGUCUCUUGCAAUCCCAAGACAAGAUGAACCGGUGGAACAAUUAUGGCUCAGUUGCUAUCUAAACUUGAGAAUUCCUCAAGAUGUUAGAAACAAGUCCCAUUAUAGCCUUCUAUUCAGCACUAUUGGCAAUUCCUAUAGAACAAAUAAUAAGAAGUCCUCUCCUCGGAAGAUCAGUGUUGAGGAAGCAAUCACUGCUAGUUUGUUGCCUGCAGAAGUUGCCAGCAUCUUUGUGGACUGCUUAAACAAGCAUAAUUCCCCUUUCUCUGAACAUGGACAGCAGAAGCAGCAGGAGAAAACCAGGAACUUAUUUCUCAACUCUAACAGUAUCAACCCUCCUUUUGCAAUGAAAAAAAGACUUUUACUUGAAGGAGCAUCUGCCAUUGCUCCACCCCCACCUUCAGAAAAACAGGCAAUAAGAAGUGUUUUGUCUUUCGAAUCAGAAGCUCGCCCACUAGUCACUAGUAUCAAAAAGGGUUCUAAACCAGAGCCAAAAGGCAAGAGCAAGGACAACAGUGGCACUGUUAUCGCUGGUUUGUCAGUGGCCUGUAUAGCAUUGGUGGCUCUUAUUGGUCUGUGCUGUUGUGCUUGUCGUGGAACCGAUGAUUCAGCAUCAUCAUAUGAUGAUAAACCACUGCUGAAUUUGAGCGAUUUAUCAGGUUCUUCUCGCAAGUCAUGCUCUUCCCCAAUUGAUGUCAACCGGUUGGGGGCAUUGUCAAUCAAUUCUUCAGAGACCGAGCAUAAGGAAUUUGUAUUACCUAAGAAGGCAGCAGCAAGAGAAAUGUCAAUGAAGUCGGAGUUUGAGCGACGUAGCAAUGCACAGGCGUUGAAGCUAAGCUCUUAUGAAAUAAGCACCGUUGCUGGAUGUCCAGUGACCUCUACUAAUUCUCAGGAUGUGAAAGCUGCUGCUCAAACUCCUUCUAGUAAUGCUAGCGAGAGCACUUGUGAACCUGCAGCAGAUCCAGCACCACCGCCACCACCACCACCCCCUCUCCUAAAGGUUCCUCCUCCACCAUCUGCACCACCUGCGCCGCCUGCACCGUCUGCACCACCUCCUCCAAAGUUGCCAGCAGCUGCUGGUUCAAGCAAUCCGCCUCCACCAGGACCACCCCCACCUCCUGCUCCCAGGCCUGCAGCCGGACCUGGACCUCCACCGCCACCAUCUAAACCUGGAGCUGGACCUCCACCACCAGCGAUGCCCGGUCCUCCAAAAGCACGCGGGCCUCCACCGUUGAAGAAGGCAGGAAACGUUGCCGGUCCUUCCGCGGCAGACUCUAAUAAAACAAAGCUGAAGCCAUUCUUUUGGGAUAAAGUUACUGCGAAUCCGGAUCAAGCAAUGGUGUGGGAUCAAAUUAAAGCAGGAUCCUUCCAGUUUAACGAGGAGAUGAUUGAGAGUCUUUUUGGUUGUCACGCUGUUGACAAGAAAAGUGGCGAUGGCAAAAAGGAUGCAGCAAAGGAUGUCCCUCAAUUUGUUAGGAUACUCGAUGCUAAAAAGGCGCAGAACUUAGCGAUAUCAUUGAAGGCAUUGAGUGUUUCAGCUGAAGAAGUACGCAAUGCAGUUAUGGAAGGGCAUGAACUUCCCACUGAUUUGAUACAAACCUUGAUAAGGUGGACUCCAACUAGCGACGAGGAGCUUAGGCUUCGGCUGUACACCGGAGAGCUCACCCAACUGGGUCCUGCGGAGCAAUUCUUGAGGACAAUCAUUGACAUCCCUUAUCUCUACCAGCGCCUGGAUGUUUUGCUUUUCAUGUCCAGUUUGCCGGAGGAAGCUGCGAAUGCAGAGCAGUCAUUUAAAACCCUGAAGGUGGCCUGCCAUGAGGUCAGGAACAGCCGUCUAUUCAAGAAGCUGCUGGAGGCUGUACUCAAGACUGGUAACCGAAUGAACGACGGCACUUUUCGAGGGGGCGCCCAGGCAUUUAAGCUGGACACCCUCCUGAAGCUCUCGGAUGUGAAGGGGGUCGAUGGCAAGACAACGCUGUUGCAUUUUGUUGUCCAGGAGAUAAUUCGCUCAGAGGGUGUGCGCGCUGUGCGGGCUGCCAAAGAGCAGAGCAAUAGCAGCAUGUCCAGCGUGACCUCUGAUGAUCUCACUGAGGACGUCAGUGAUGACACGGAGCACUACAAGCAGCUAGGCCUAGGCGUCGUUUCCAGCCUGAGCGACGACCUCCAGAACGUGCGCAAGGCGGCAUGCCUGGACUCGGAUGCCCUGACUAUCUCAGUGGCGAGCUUGGGGCACAAGCUGGUGAAGGCCAACGAGUUCCUGAACACAGGCAUGAAGAGCUUAGACGAGGACAGCGGGUUCCAUCGGAAGCUGACCCAGUUCAUCGAGCAGUCUCAGGUGCGGGUGACCCACCUUCUAGAGGAGGAAAAGAAGCUACGCGCGCUCGUGCGCACCACGGUGGACUACUUCCACGGGAGCACAGGGAAGGACGAGGGCCUGCGGCUGUUUGUCAUCGUGCGCGACUUCCUGGGAAUGCUGGACAAGGUGUGCAGAGAGGUGAAAGAGGCGGCCGCCAAGGCUGCUUCUAACAAGAAACCUUCGGCAGCAGGAGCUGGAUCAGGGUCAAAGGGCAGGCAGCCUUCGCAGGCAUCGUCGUCUUUCCGCGAUCCCCGGCAGCAACUGGUGCCAGCAAUCCAAGAUCGGAGGAGCGCGACGGCAGGCAGCUCUAGUUCGUCUUCGGACUCUGAUGACUGACAGUGACUGCUAAUGUUUUGUGCAGACUACACCAUAGAGUGAUGGGAUGGGAACACAGCAGGUAGAACAAGAGUUAGCGGCUAGCUAGUUAUGAAUUGACUCGCUCACAGCAGAAUGAAAAGAUAGGGACACUACAGCCUAGUAGGUUAAUUAUAUGAUGAUCUCUGCUUUGACCUCCGUAAAUAUUUUUCUUUAUACAAAUAUGCGUUCUAGAUAUGUACAAAGAUCAAGGCUGAAUGAAUAAAUGUCAUUUCUGUUCUUGUUUC